AUGGCGGCGCUACAGGAGUGGCGGUCUACCUUUUCCAGUGAUGACUCUUUCACAUCCAACGGCAGCACGGCCUCCGCAAUUGCUUUCCACUAUAUGGUUCUUCUCCUCGUGGAGGACUUAUGUUACCAGCUUCAGGUGCCGUGGCCACCAUCUCUAUCCCCACCCUCGCCCGUCCCUCUGCAAAGUCCGAUCUCGCAGAACGAGCCGCUAGGUCUGUCCGAGCGCGCACAACAAAAACACAGCCUCGCAGCCGCCAUCGUUCACCUAGCGCAGGGAUCCAUAUCGCCUGAUACCGGUAUAUAUGGAAUCCUUCGCUUCAUUAUGCCGCUGCAUGUGGCGCACGAUAAUAUCCUUCCGGGGAGCCCCGACCAGCAAGCCCUACACUACCUGAUGAAUACCGUUAUGGCUGGCCAGCAUGGGUUUCAGAUGGCGAGGCGGUUUUGGGGGCAGUAUACGUCUUUUGCGGAGUCCCUCUCCACGCCCUGUCAGACUAGUGAGGAUCUCCAGAGCUAA